CAGCACUUUUUUUUUGUCUCAAGAUGGCUGCUGUGUGGUCACUUCCAGUCCUUGAUGCCUAGGGUUGGUGCAGGUGAGAGAAGAGCCGGAUCAUGGCUGAGGACGUGACCGUAUCAGAGGAGACCUUAACAGGUGCUCUGACUCGGCUGGUCCGCGUGAGCCAAGACCUCCUGCAGACAGCCACGCGGGACGCACGAGACUCCCUGGAGACGUUUGUCCCAGAUAAGAUCACCCCCCUACUCGGCCUGAUGGCAGCGGGGACAGACUUCUACAGAAGCCUCGGAGUGAAGAAGAAGAGUGAAGCCGAGGACCUUUGGCAGAAGUUUUAUCACCAUGCAGCAGUGAGAGAGCAGGUGGAGGAACUUCUGCAGCUGGAGAGUGAGUGGGACUCCUUCCUGGAGCGUGUGGACAGAGGUCUGCAGACAGCAGACAGACGGCUGGCAGGAGGACAGACAGCAGACAGCCUGAGCCCUGAGACUGAGCUCACUGAUGGACGGAGUGGAAAGAGCGUGACUCUGGCUCAGUUCCUGGGUCGGGGUCAGAAGCUGCUGCUGGUCCUCAUCAGACAUUUCGGGUGACUGCCGUGACGAGACCACGUGGCCAAGCUGGAGGCCAGUCGGGUUCUCCUGGAGGCUCGGGCGGUGCGGGUCUUGGUGGUCUCUUUCGGGGGUCUGGAGGGGGCUCAGGUGUGGCGGGAGCAGACUGGAUGCACCUUCGACAUGCUGCUGGAUCCACAGAGAACGGUCUACAGGAGUUUCGGCCUCGGCUCGUCCUACUUCAAGGUGAUGAGGUUCGGCUGCCUGCUGACGUACUCCGAGUACAGAGCUGUGGACCGAGACUUCCCCGACGUCCCCCCUCACCUGCUGGAAGACCUGUACCAGAUGGGGGGUGACUACUUGCUGGAUGACAAGGGGAGCGUCCUCCUCUCUCACCCGUCUAAAGACCCCAUGGACAGGCCGAGUGUGACGGACAUCCUGCGGGCCGCGGACCCUGCAGGCGGCUCCCUGUAAAGAAACUACAGGCUGAAGACAUGUGGACACUGGAGACACU